GCCACCGAUCUGGAGCGCUUCUCGAAUGAAGAGAAGAGGAACCUUUCCCUGGGGGGCCAUGUGGGCUUCGACAGCCUCCCCGAUCAGCUGGUCAGCAAGUCUGUCACACAAGGCUUCAGCUUCAACAUCCUCUGUGUGGGUGAGACGGGCAUUGGGAAAUCCACGCUGAUGAACACCCUCUUCAACACCACAUUUGAGACAGAGGAAGCCAGUCACUAUGAGAGCGUGGUUCGCUUGCAACCGCGCACCUAUGACCUGCAGGAGAGCAAUGUCCAUCUGAAGCUGACCAUUGUGGAUGCGGUUGGAUUUGGGGAUCAGAUAAAUAAAGACGAAAGUUACAGGCCAAUCGUAGAGUACAUUGAUACGCAGUUUGAAAACUAUCUGCAAGAGGAGCUGAAAAUCCGCCGGUCUCUCUUCAACUACCAUGACACAAGGAUUCAUGUCUGCCUCUACUUCAUCACUCCCACCGGGCAUUCACUCAAGUCCUUGGACCUGGUGACAAUGAAGAAGCUGGAUAGCAAGGUGAACAUCAUCCCAAUUAUUGCCAAAGCAGACACCAUCUCCAAGAGCGAGCUGCACAAGUUCAAGAUCAAGAUCAUGAGCGAGCUGGUCAGCAAUGGAGUGCAGAUCUAUCAGUUCCCCACGGAUGACGAGGCAGUGGCUGAGAUCAACUCUGUGAUGAAUGCUCAUCUGCCCUUCGCUGUGGUCGGCAGCACAGAGGAGGUGAAAGUUGGGAACAAGCUGGUGCGAGCUCGGCAGUACCCGUGGGGAGUGGUGCAAGUGGAGAACGAAAGUCACUGUGACUUUGUGAAGCUGCGGGAAAUGCUGAUUCGGGUCAACAUGGAGGAUCUGCGGGAGCAGACCCACACCCGCCACUACGAGCUCUACCGGAGGUGCAAACUGGAGGAGAUGGGUUUCAAGGACACAGAUCCAGACAACCAGCCCUUCAGCCUCCAAGAAACAUACGAGACCAAAAGGAAAGAGUUCUUGGGUGAGCUCCAGAGGAAAGAGGAAGAAAUGAGACAAAUGUUUGUUAACAAAGUCAAGGAGACAGAGGCAGAGCUGAAGGAGAAGGAGAGAGAGCUGCAUGAGAAGUUUGAGCACUUAAAAAGGAUACAUCAGGAAGAGAAAAGGAAGGUGGAGGAGAAAAGGAGGGAGCUGGAGGAAGAGAUGAAUGCUUUCAACAGGCGGAAAGUCGCAGUGGAAACCUUGCAGUCCCAAUCCUUGCAGGCUACGUCACAGCAGCCUCUGAAGAAGGACAAAGACAAGAAAAACUUUUUUAGUCUUCCCAGUGCAUACUCCAUAACAACAGGAAGAUAUGUUAAUUAGAAGAUUUAUUAAGGCCAAAACAUCUCAUGCAGAAGAAAUUAAUCGGUGCUUACACCUUUAAGCUUGCAAUAUAUCGCACAGAAGAGAAAAUGUAGCAAGGACUAAAAUUCACCGUGUCUUUUGAUGGGGAAAAGUUUGCUUAAUCAGGUUUCUUGGUAAAGUUGAAAUCCAAGAUACUUGCCAAAAGGUAAACUACUAAUUCAGGCUGCUGCAUGGCUGGCACUAAAUCCAGAAUGCUUAUUGUGGGGCUCUUACCCCAAGGGAGUUAACACUGACUGACUGCAGAGACAUGAGGGACAAAGCUGGGGUAAUGUGAGGAGCUUUCAGCUUUGCUGCUCGAGCUGCUGUGGUAACAGAGUCCUGCAGGUCCUCUCCUCAGUCUGGUUUUGGAGUGUAGCUGAGGAACCUGAUGUCCCUAACCUAGCAUCCCUAGUUUGAUAUCCCUAAUCUUUCAGCUGUAUUCUCACCUUUCAUAACAAUAAGUCUUGUGUGCAGCUUGCUUUUGUAUACUUACAAGUUUUAUAACCAAAAUGCCCCAACCUUCAUCUCUUUAGUUUUCUGAGGGCUGCCCAUGAUGUCUCACACCGUAACUGCUUCCCCAGAGCUCCCUGCCCACCUCCCACCUGCUGCUUCAGGGCCAGGUCCAGCCUGGCCAGUCCGGGCUCUGCUUGUCCUGCUGGGAUGUGAUGGGUCAGAAGAGAACCAUUUUAAAGCACAACUAUGUGUUACUUAUUAAUGGAGGGGAAAUGGUUUAAAGCUGGAGACUCAGUGUUCCUGGUGUUUGUAACAGACUGAUUUCCUCUUAACACAAAUACCUUUUUUAAAAAAAGGAAAGGGGGAAGACAAAGUGUGAUGUCUGUGCCCCAGUAACUUCACACAGGAACAGGGAGAGGCCUCUGCUUAUCUUUGUUUUAAAAGUUUAUCUUUGUUUUAAACAACCUUGUAAAUGAAUCUCAGGAAUUACCUGUACCAAAGCUGGGUUUAAUAAAAACAAAACUGACUUGUUUAACAAACAUUUGUUAAAACCAUGGUUUGUACACCAGGUGUAACCAGAAACAAUGUCCUCUGUCCAAAGUCACAACCUUCUGUGAUCCCUCAGUUUCUCCUUAUUAAUCCCGUUGCCCUGUGGUUAAAAUGUGAUGUCCCCUGUGCAUCCCUGUGCCUUGGCAGCUGCUGUCCCCAGACUCCCUCCCUUCUCCCCCACUGCCCUGAGGCUGGGAGGGUAAAAGUGACCAAAAGCCAGUUUUUGGCAGGAGGUUUGAGGGAAGUCUCACCCUGUGCAGCUACCCUGCACUGGGUGCUGUGACUGCAGUGGGAUAAAGGCUGAGAAUAGGGAGAGUGGGUGUAUGUGACAGGAGCCCUCUGAGCCUCCCACAGAAGGCAUUGUGUCCCUGUAACCCCCCCAAGAGAUAGAGAGGCUGGUGUAGAGGUACUGACUGCCCCAGGCACUGAGUGCCUGUCCCUAGGGUGUCUGAUAAGUGACAGUCUCUAAGCCCUCUGGAUGCCCUUAGCCUAAAUGAGAACUGAGAAAUAGAUUGCAGCUGCAUCAGGUAUGUGGCCUGAAAAGGACUAAACUGGACACAUGGAGAAGCUGUGGAGACUCCUGCCACUUGCAGGCAUUAGGGAUGAAACCCCAGGACAAACAUGUUCACCCCAUGUUCUUCAUCCCUGCCUGUCUCUGCUGCCAGAGUGGGCAGGGAUGAGGCACCACUUGUGUCAGGGGAAGUGGGACCAGGUGGGAAGCACCAGGGUCUGGCACAGAUGUGUCUUGGGGGCCAUGAAUUCAGAGCUGGAAGUCUGCUUAGGAGAGUUCUGUCUGUCUUGAUGUCUGUGGUGCUCUGCACAGAAUGCAGGAAAGCUGAAACUGUGUGUGACCAUCAGGCUGAGCUAUGACACAGCCUUCGCUGCUGCUUUGAUGACUGUUUUAAAUUUGUUUGUGUUCUCUUUCGAGGCCAGCCACUCUAAUUCCUUUAGCAAAGCUUUCAUCCAGCUUGGAGUUUUUGUCAAGUUAGAUUCCCAGCAGGGCAGGUGAAUUGGGAAUAGAAGCUUUUUGUUCUUCUUCCAAAUUGCUCUGAAGAUUUGAUUAAGUUCUGUUUGUCAUGACCAUAGUUAGGUCACCAGGGGAGUUCCAGUUGCACAUCUUGCUGAGGAAGAAUGGGUGGGGGCUCUGAGACCUGGCAGAAGUUCAUGCAUCUCUCCAUCUCACUGCACUUUUCUGCCUUCCUAAAGAAUUGAACUGUAAGUACUGCUCAAAUUUAACACACUAAAGUCAAUUAGCAGGAGAAAAAAACCCAACAACUGUAUAGAUGCAACCCCACAAAUGAGGUAUAACUAUUGCAUUACUCUUCCCUUUGCAGUUUUCUUGUCUCUCAGUCAAUUCUUUAACCACAGGAGUUUGUUUAUUUGUGCAACUGUGUAAAUGAACUCUUCUCCUAGGUCAUCACAUACUCUCCACAACUGGUGACACUGAGCCAGGUUUAUUGUCAGAAACACCCCAGUGAGUGCUGGCUUGAAAUGGGGCAGCUUCCUCCUCAUCUGUAAUGGUUCCUGGGCAGCUGCAUGAGCUGACAUGGUUCCUUUAGCUGGGGAUUAUGAAUGGGGGACAUUGUGGUGGAUGGGAGGAUAUGAAAUGCUUUGCUGUUUCUACAGAGGGUUUAAACCAGACACAGGAAACAGUUCUGUGGAUGUUUACCAUAAGGGAUUUCAGGUGUAAUUGCAGCUUUGUUUACAAGGUGGUGGUAGCUUCAGGCAUCUGAAAAUCUGGCCUGAAUUGAGGCAACAAGAGGAGUCUGGCUUUGAGAGGUAUGCCUCACCUGGGCUGAGAUCCCCCAAGGGAAGGGAUCUUAACAGGUCAGAGCUCUUUUAAAAUAUUCUAUAAGCAUUAUCUGUAGUUUUCCUGGGAGUGAAUAUUCCCCAAAACAAUCCUCACAGAGCUAGCCAUAACCACGUAAAACCUGUGCCAGCACUCACUGAAUCUGGCACAUUUGCACCAGUAACUGGUGUGUAGUGAAUGGGAUCUGAAGUGGUGAGUUGAACUGUGCUAUUUUUAAAAUCCUCCUG